AUGGAAAACAGGCUACAGAACGGCGUGCGGACGAACCAUGAUAGGGACACCUGGACCAACGGACCAAAAGGAGGAGCCGCGACUGCAGAGCGGGAGGAGCAUCUUCUCAAGGGCAAGGCUAAAGAGAAGAUUGGAGAUGGCUCCGCCAUGGACGUCGAUAGCGACCGGCAAGGACCGCCGGUCGCCAACGUGGACGAACUUCCCGACGAGCUGCAGCACAUCACGAUUGGCAUCCUGCCAUUAGACCUCCUCCUCAAGAGGCUCGCGCAGUUCUCUCAUGUCACACUCCAAGACCAGAUUCUCACGCUGGCAUCGAGACCACUACCUCAGAACCUUGCCAACGGCAACGCAAACUAUCACGCAACCGGAGUUGAGGACACAUCCCCCGAAAGUCUUGAAAAGAAGGUCCUGCUCCUGAACACCAUCCAGGAACUGCACACCAAAUGGGUGAAGACCUUGGUGAUUACCGAGUGGAGCAAAAAAGCGGACCAGGUUGGGAAACUCAUCGACCUCAGGAGCCAUCUCAUGUCCAAGUUGGAGCUGUUCAACGCCACAUUUUUCGACAUGAUCAGGACCAAGCAAGAUCUGCUCUGGGCCAAAGUUCCGAGUCCAGACUUGAAGACCGCCCUCGAGGUACUUGCCAACGGAGAGGCUUCGUGGAUGCCUGACUUUGGCUACCUGGAACCUCCUCCCCUUUCACCUGCGGAAAAAGAGGCAUGGCUUCACGAGAUCAACGUCUACUUAAGCGCGAGACUCGGCAUCCAUGAGUGGGAAAAGAUUCCCGAACCUUUCCGGAAUUACACCAUCGACUCUGGCAGGGUAACGUUCAGAGUCGAGGGCGAAUUCGAGGUUGAUCUGACUAUUGGGGACGAAGAUUUCGAGACGCAAUUCUGGUUCAUCGACUUUAGGUGUCUGUUCAGUCCCGCCCCGUCAGAGCUGUCUGGGCGUGCCAGAGCUUUUAUGGAGCUCAAAGUCAACGAGGCGCUGGCGACAGAAGGCCUGCUUGGCUGCUAUAAGUACUUACACGAAUUCACCUUGACUGCGAAAGUGGGCGAAUUCGCCCGUCAGGCGGUGGAGCUGAGCACGGCCAGAUGGGUUGACACGCUCAAGAUUGAGAGGCUUGACCGAGCCUUGUCAAUUCAAUACUGGCUUAACCGCCCCCACUCUCAGGGGACAAAAAGCUGGAUCAUACUGGGUGUGAAUAGCGGCAAGGGUCUUGAUGGAGGACAUGGCCAGACGCCACCGAGCCAUCUGACCUUGCGGUGGUUCCGCGAUGGCAAGGAAGUCAAGGACAUUGAAAUUCAAUUCGACACCGAGUCGAUAUCCACCGAAAACUUGUUGACGACGGUUGUCAACAGACAUAUCGAAUAUCUGCUCUCAUCAAUGCACAACAAACUUCUUAGCAAACCCCGGUUUACCCGGCAGCAGGCGAGAUUGGCGUUGAAGAUUACCGAGGGAGAAGACGUGAAUUCUUCAUUGACCAUGCAGUUGCUUGAUGAGGAGGAUGUCACCGUUCAGGUUGAGCCCUUGACGGGCACUUUUGUGUUGCUGCCGCGCUCCGCCGUUGUUUUGGACGGCCAGAGAAAGUUUAAUUCAAUGGCGAAUCCAGCUGAAGACGGGCCGUCUGGGUUAGAGCAGCUCAGGUGGAUCUACACGAUGAAGGAUUUGCACACUCGGAGCAAAACUGUUGGCUGGGCGGUCCUCCUCACGCGACCUCCUAUCUCGGGAGACGAGGUGAAGAGCAUUGCCUACUCGGCUACCCCGUCCUCACGAGAACCCUUCCAGGCGGUAUGGAUGAGAAUUCCCGAGUGGGAUUCCCGAUGGUUUGUCAUGAUGAGUAUGAGCCUGGGCGGUGACAAUUGGUGGCUCAUUGAACUCUCGGAAUUGCCUAGCCCCGGGCAACGACCGGCCGUGAGUGGCAGCCGUCUAAAAAGUUUUACCAAGCUCGUCAUGUCGCCAGACCAACUCCGCCUGUCAAGUAGCUUCUUCCACAACCUGGCCGCCCACACGUCAGCAGUAAUCUCCAGGAUCACUGAACUCCGCGACGCCCACAAAGACGGUUUGCGGCAUAGCACCCACCAGACCACAGGUUUGAGGCUGCCUCCCGAGAUCAGGAUCCCGACGCUGUGCGUGCCGUUGUCUGAGCUGGUUCCGGCUCGGCCCGGUUCGAGACCUUCUCCUCUCACAGCCUGGGCGAAUAAGGUUCUCGCAAUCGAUUUCAAGGGACUGGGGCCCUCCGAAGAGGUCCUUACGGGGCAUGCCGACUCGCUUCAGAGGCGAGAAAUGCGGACGGUGACCAUUUCGGAGGCUAGGCUUAGCAUUAGGAAUCCUGCUAGAUUCCGAUUUAUCAAAGGCAACCUUGACCGCGAUAUAUUCUACAACCCUCGCAUCGGCCAAUUUACCUUUAGGCUUCGGGUACCGAUGGGCACAUCCACGAUUCGGUUGCUAGCAUCCCGACUACAAGCACUAGAGCGUCUGCUUGAUUUCGUUGAAGCUAUUCGGCGCGCUGGGAAGGACGUGGUACCAGAAAGCGUGACGCUCCGGGAGAUCGUGUUCACCUACGGCGACACUGAAGGACAGCGACCAUGGAAAGCGCGGCUUGACCUUAGCAGAGAGCAGCGUAUCAACGUCAUUCUCGAGAAGGGCAAUCCACAUCUCCGAAUGAUUGAUCAUCUGCGGACAUUAGCAAACUCGGCGCGAUUCGAGGACCUUCCGGCCUGGCUUAUAUUUACCCUCCCGCUCUGCCGGGCCCUAGAGCGCCUGGAAGACACUUGGGGAAACAUUGCCGCCCCCGGGCACGGUUCAUGCUAUGUUUUCCAUAACUCCCUGGGCUGGGUCGGGAUCCGCUUCGUACUGAGCUCGCCCCUCGGCCGACGGCUACUCCACCUCACCAUCAGAGCCCACAAGCGCGGAGCCAAGCCUAUGUGGCACGUCACUCGUUCCGACUGCGACCCGAACGCAAGGAACGAAAACGACGAUUUCAACAAGGUCCUGAAGCAGCGGGUCUGGUCAACCAGCGGUAGCGGCUUCAAGGGCCUGUCGACCGGCGCCGCGGCUCACCCGGGUCAGGGAAUCGAGAACCUGAUAGCGCUCAUCGGCGAAUCCAUAUUGUCCAUGGUCAGCACACCUCCGUCUUCGAGGCCGCAGUUGCAACAGCAGCAGCAGCAGCCGCAGCCGCAGCCGCAGCCGCAGCCGCAAAUGCAACAGCAACCGCAACCACAGCAGAUCAUGUCCGGCCCGCAAAGGGGAGCCUGGACACAACACUCAUGA